UUGCCCUGAUAAAAUGCAUGAAGAAACUGGGGAAAUAGAUGGCAUCCAGAAGGUACAACAACAAUUAUUUCAAACUUAUAUAUGGUGCUGUGCAGUUAAUGACCUGGGCAGAGAAUGCACCAACCUCUUCACAAUAGAUUUAGGUGAAAGACAAGCAGCACCUUUACCUGAAUUACUUCUCAAAGUCGGGGAACCGUUGCUGAUCAGAUGCAGAGCUGUUCACCGUAAUUAUAAAUUUGGAAUAAAAUUGUCUUUUGAAAGCAAAGACGUUGAGCAGGAUCGCCAGUUUGAAGGAUUAGAAUAUCAAACAGAUCACUCGGCAAUUCGGAUCCGGUAUGCGUUUGCUUCAGCGGCAGGAAGAAGUGAUACUGGACGUUAUACCUGUUCUUCUACCGUCCAUCCGAAUCAAACUGCUUUAGUUACGGUUUUAGAAAAGGGAUUUAUAAAUAUAACCGAUUCUAAAGAAGAUUUUGAAAUUGGUGAGGAAGAGUUCUGCUUUGAAGUUAACUUUACAGCAUAUCCACCAGUUAGAUGCAUGUGGCUAUUUUACCAAAAAACAUUUCCAUGUAAACAAAGUUACAAUGCGGAUGGACGCAGUAUUUCAUCAAAGUUCUGCAACCACCAGCACCAGUCUGGGAUAUAUGUAUUUUAUGCGGAAAAUGAUGAUACCGUCACGACAAAAAAAUUCACGCUGUCCGUGAGAAGAAAGCCUGACGUAACGAUGCAGUUGUUGUUCAAGCAGAUCUCCUGCGUCGCUGACAGUUACCCUGCCUCAUCCUGGGUUUGGAGGAAUUGUCCUGAACUCAACUCAUCCAACUGUACGGAAGAAAUCACUGAGGGGAUUCACAACUUCUUGCCCCAGAGGAGAUCCCUGGGGUCGUGGAUUUCAAGCAGCGCAUUAGAUGUUGAGGAGACAACCACCACCUUCUCCGUGGAGUGCUGUGCAAACAACUCUGCCGGUUCAGCCUGCGAAAAGAGUUUCAUUAAUCUGUCAGUUGCAGGAGCUGUUUCUUCCCCGCCGGACAAUGCUGCAUUUUACGUCUCUGUUGGAUUUUUCCUCCUAUUGAUCACUUUUUUGUUUGUAUUCAUUUUUCACAAAUACAAAAAGCAAUUUAAAUACGAAAGCCAGUUGCAAAUGAUACAGAUGGUAGGCCCAUUGGAUAACGAGUACAUCUACAUCGACUUCCGAGAAUUUGAAUAUGACCUCAAAUGGGAAUUUCCCAGGGAAAAUCUGGAAUUUGGAUGCGUCCUUGGUUCUGGGGCUUUUGGGAAAGUGGUGAAUGCGACAGCUUAUGGAAUUAGCAGGGCAGGAGAUUCAGUCCAGGUCGCAGUCAAAAUGCUCAAAGAAAAACCUGAGGCUUCAGAAAAAGAUGCUCUAAUGUCUGAGCUGAAAAUGAUGACUCACAUUGGAAGCCAUGAAAAUAUCGUGAAUCUACUAGGAGCUUGUACUGUGUCAGGACCAAUCUACUUGAUAUUUGAAUACUGUUGCUAUGGUGACCUUCUGAACUACUUAAGGAGCAAGAGAGAAAAGUUUCACUGGACACUGACGGAUCUUUUUAAACAGCACAACUUCAGCUUUUACCACAAUAUCCAUUUGGACCAAAAUUCCAGGAAGGGAACUCACCUGACGUGCAGUGUGAGUACGACUCUAUGCAGAGAGGAUGAAUUUGAAAUUGCACAGAGAAGUCAAAACGUAAAUGUGACAUCUGGAUCGAAUGGGACUGUGCUGUAUUCUGAGGAAGAUAAAAUUAAGCACGCAAGCAGACAGGUGGAUGAAGAAGAGGAUUUUAAUGUGCUCACUUUUGAAGACCUUCUUUGCUUCUCAUAUCAAGUCGCCAAAGGAAUGGAGUUUCUGGAGUCCAAAUCGUGCAUUCACAGAGACCUGGCUGCCCGGAAUAUACUAGUGACCCACGGAAAAGUGGUGAAAAUAUGUGACUUUGGCCUUGCCAGAGACGUAGUAAACGACUCCAACUACAUUGUCAGGGGCAAUGCGCGUUUACCAGUUAAAUGGAUGGCUCCUGAGAGCUUGUUCGAGAGGACGUACACAAUGAAGAGUGAUGUCUGGUCUUAUGGAAUAUUACUAUGGGAAAUAUUCUCUUUGGGUGUAAAUCCCUACCCUGGUAUUCAGGUUGAUACAAACUUCUACAAAUUAAUACAAAGUGGAUUUAAAAUGGACCGACCGUAUUAUGCUACAAAAGAUAUCUAUCGCGUGAUGCUGUCCUGUUGGGCCCUUGACUCCAGAAGAAGACCCUCUUUUUCUCAGCUGGUUUCCUCUCUUGCCGGUCAGCUGGCUGAGGCAGAAAGAGCAGUUUACCAGAAUAUGAAGAAAAAUGUUCCUACACGCAAUUCCAGCAUCAAAACUAAACCACGUGUAAGCAGGGAUGAGGAAUCUCUGCUAUCCCCGACUGUGCUCCAGGAUGAAGACUCUCGGGUUGAAAAAUAG